AUGUCCUUUGGGGCGAUUCUCUGUGUGUUGCUUGAGACGGCUCUUGACUCUGGGAAAAUAGCUGCUUUGGGCAUCAUUGCUACCUUUGGUUGUUCCUUGAAUGGUGUGUGUCUGACACUCUACUUGGUGCGAUUUGACACUGUGACCUUCCUAUGUUUCAUUCUCGGCACAGUCCAGCAACACGAGCCCUGUACUAUAGGCAGAUGGGAGCCAUGUGAGCCUCACACAUGUUACUUGGCUGGUGCCUUGGCAUGCCUUCUAACCAAGUUGCGUAUUUGUAGUUGGAGGAUAUCCCUUGCUGAACGCUUUAUGCCAUCAGCAAACUGA